AGGUAAUAAAUGUGGAUAGUGAUGGCAAUUACAGGUACAGAGUACUGGCUGUGUGUUUAAGAAGGAAUGAAAGUGAAUGGCCAGAGAUGAAAAAAAAAUUGCAGGAGGAAUUGAAUAAAAGGGAGCAAUUCUAUCAAUCAUUAUUUCUAGUUAAUGGUGAUUAUGUGGUGAUUAUGAGAGAGAUUUCUUGGAUGGAUGAUCCUUCUCUUGCAAUGGCUUUUGUUAACAAUAAUCAUUAUGUAGUCAUAAUGCUGAAAUCUGGUGCGCCUGUAUCACCAAUUAUUAAUCGAUGGAUACAAUUUGUUACCUUGGCAGCAACAAAAUGGAAACUACUAAUUCAAGAUCGCAGUGGUCCGGAAAGAUCACAUAAUUCUGCACUGUCUCUAAGUACUGUUCGACAUGGGGCAACAAUCAGACAAUCUGAUUUGAUGCUUGCAAUUGUUCCACAACAUGGAGCGCAGCAAGAUAUAAACGCGCACACUACACGUUCUUCUAAAUACGUCUUUGAUUACAAAACGAAGAACCCAAACGCUGAGUAUAAAGAGGCCAUAGCAGCUUACGAACAAGAACAAG